AUGGAUGCUGCUUCCAGUUCGCAGACCGUGUCCAUGGACGUGGCGGUUAAGGUUGAGGGUGCCAUAGGUGGUGGUGGUGGUGGUGGUGGGGAGGAGGGUGAGGGCGAGGGUGAGGCCUAUAAGGUGGAGGCGGCGGCGAUGGAGCUCGACCUGCUUGGUGCCCUCCGAGCGGAGGGUAUGGAGAAGGGGAAGGCCGCCGCUGCCGUGAUGGUGAGCGAGGUGGCGCCGCCCUCCGUGGGGGAGAGGGCUGCUGCGGCGUCGGCGGUGGCCGGUGGCGGCGGCGAGGUCCGGCGCCGGCUGUUCAGGUGCAACUACUGCCAGCGCAAGUUCUACACGUCGCAGGCGCUGGGCGGCCACCAGAACGCGCACAAGCGGGAGCGCUCCCUCGCCAAGCGCGGCGCCGCCGUCGCGGCGGCCGCGGCGGCCGGCCGGGGCCUGUACGCGUUCGGCGACCCGUUCGUGCCGCACCACCUCCGCUUCCGCUCCCUCUGGCCGUACCCCGCCGGCGGCGGCAGGGCGCCGUUCCUCGGCGGCCGCGGCUCCGCCCCCGCCGCGGCGGCGUCGCCGUUCUACGGCGCCGUGCACCACGGCUGGAGCGCCCAGCCGCCGUCCCUCGGGGGGAUCGCCGGCCGGCACGCCGCCGCCGAACACCCGGCGUACGCGGGCGACGCCUUCGGCUACGGCGCCGGCUCGUCGUCCUCCAGGGGCGGCCCCGUCUCGCCCUUCCCCACCACGACGGCGGCCGGGCUCCGGUGGGCCGAAGGGAGCGCCGGCGGCACGGUCCAUAGCACCGCCGCCACCGCCACCACCACCGGCGAUCACAACGUGGCUGCAGAGGCCAAGAAGCAGGAGGAGAUCUCAAGCAGCAAGAUAGACCUGACUCUCAAGCUCUAGGUGUCACUAGGGUUUCCAUUUCUUCAUCAUUACUGCAGCCUUUAAUCUGAUCCUGUUGUUAGAAGCUAAAAAUGCUUAAUUUUUCAUCGUCUAAUUCUGGUUAAUUAGGAGUUUUAUUCAUUCAUGCAUGCAUAUGGUCACAUGAUUAGGGGGGCUUGCAAUUUGGUUUGGUAGAGGUGGUGUGUAGUGCAAAGGCUUCAUUGGGUUAAUUAUUUCCAUAUGCAUGCAUGUAUCUAUGCUGGCUCAAUUUCCCCCAUUGGAAAAUUAUGGUUCUGUCUUUAAUUUUUUUCGAUUGUUCUUCGAUGAA